AUGAUAUCACCUCUCUACGCCAUCGGCGGACUGUUACUGGCAUAUAUUGGCCUCAGUACAGUGCAGCUACUAUACAACUAUAGAAAAGCCAAAGCUAUCGGUCUUCCCGUCCUCAUCACGCCGAUUGAUCCAUCCAAUGUCCCAUAUUUGCUUUGCAGCAGCUUUUUGGAACCGUUGUUGAGAAAGAUCUUACCAUUCGGUCUUGGUAAUUUUGUUGAGUACAACAGCCGAGACUGGAAUUAUGAACAGAUUCAUGAUCUUCAAGAGCGAAUUGGCGACACCUUCAUCAUCGUCAGUCCCAAGCAGAUCCGCGUAUUCACUGGCAAUGCAAAGGCAUCCGAUGAUCUUUGUCGCCGACGCAGAGACUUUGUCAAGGCUGUGGCUCUCUACAAACCACUUGAGAUAUUUGGUCGCAAUGUCGUGACAACUGAAGGAGAUGAUUGGGUUCGGCAUCGAAGGAUUACAACGCCGCCCUUCAAUGAGAGGAACAGCGCGCUUGUGUGGGAUGAGUCCAAGAGGCAGGCUACAGAUAUGCUCAAGAUGUGGGCAUCGAACCCGAAAGGUGUCGUCAAUCCUCAGAGCGACACCAUGGUCCUUGCGCUCCAUGUUCUCACGGCCGCUGGGUUUGGUAGAAGCUACACAUUUGGCAGCGGUCUGGAGAGUGCUUUGGAGAACCACAGUCUCACAUAUCGUGAUUCACUCAGUCUCAUUCUCGGCAAUCUCUUUACUGCUGUUUUCACAGCCACGCUCAAUCUUCCCACGUGGAUGCUACCCUCCAAGUUCAAACAGGUUCAAGAUGCUGUGCUCAACUUCCGGCAGUACAUGGCUGAGAUGGUCGCUGAAGAGCGUGAGGCCAUGGACGCCGGCGCUGAAGAGCAGGAUAAUCUCAUGAGUAUUCUUGUGCGAGCGUCAGAGAACCAGAACAAAGAGGGCAAAGGGACUCGUCAUUUGACAGACUCUGAGAUUUAUGGCAAUCUGUUCAGCUACAAUCUCGCUGGCCACGAAACAACGUCCAACACUCUUGCUUAUGCGACAAUCCUCCUCGCAGCGAACCCUGAAUGGCAGAAAUGGGCAGCAGAAGAGGUUGACCAAGUCACAGCUGGAGUCGAUUUAAAGGACCUUGACUACGAAACAUAUUAUCCUCAAUUGAAGCGCGUUCUCGCGAUCAUGCACGAAACACUCCGAUUAUUCGGCGCAGCAAGGGCAGUCCCCAAAACAACAGUCGUAGACCAAACCCUCAAAGUCAACGGCACAUCUUACACAAUCCCCAAAAACACAUUCGUCGGCGUCAACUUGGCAGGUCUACACACAUCCUCCGCCUCAUGGGGCGACAAUGCCCUCCAAUGGCUUCCCAGCCGCUGGAUCACCGCCGACGAAAAGCUCGCUCCCAUGCCCACGGGCGCUUUCCUCCCCUGGGCCGCGGGACCACGAGUCUGCCCCGGUAAGAAAUUCUCACAGGUAGAAUUCGUGGCCGUCAUGGCGUGUCUCCUUAAGGAAUACACCGUGGAGCCUGAUGCAGAAGGUGACCUCAAGGAGGCGGCGUCGAGGGCCCUCAUGGAAGAGGCGAAGCAGUCUAGUUUCAAUUUCCUGCUCAAGGUGAAGCACCCUGAGAAGAUCAGGCUGCGGUGUGUGCGCAGAGUCUAG